AUGGCGACCGUUGUCCCGGAUCAGAUCGCGGCCGACAAGGUCAUGUCCAAGGAUGACGCCGAGUACGCUAUAGAUGAGAAGAGUGACACUUUUCGACCUUCGGCACCCCUAGGGAAACCUAUUGACGAGAAGAAAUUCUGGUUUCAAAGAACCAAGAAGAACUCAUAUGAUCCGCAUGCCAUAGCUACCUUGCCAAGCGUAUUUGAUGUUCCCGAGAUUGCAGCACAGUAUAAACCUCGAGAUGACUGGGAGAACAUUGGUCGCUUUGACCCUUCGGCGCGAUGGACCUGGGGAGAAGAGUUCAAACUCAUCCGAAAGAUGGACUUUCGCAUCAUGAGCUGGUGUAUGGUGAUGUUUAUGGCAAUGGAACUCGACCGGGCCAACCUGGCACAAGCCUUGUCUGAUACGUUCUUGGAGGACCUGGGUUUCGAUACGAAUGUUUAUAAUCUCGGGAACACCGUCUUUGCAGUCUGCUUCUUGUCGGGAGAAUUCCCGUCGCAGCUUCUGAACAAAUGGCUUGGACCCGAUCGAUGGAUCCCGACACAGAUCAUUCUCUUCUCCAUUGUGUGCGCUUCUCAGUUUUCGCUCAACUCAAAGGCGUCUUUCCUGGCAUGCAGAGCCUUCCUAGGGUUCUUACAGGGAGGAUUCAUUCCAGAAAUUGUGUUGUACCUCUCGUACUGGUACAAACACCACGAGUUGACCUUGAGACUCAGUUUCUUCUGGACAGGCAUGUUCAUUGCUGAUAUACUGGCUGCCAUCAUUGCGUAUGGUUUACUUCAUAUGCGCGGGGUGCAGGGCUAUUCAGGGUGGAGGUGGCUAUUUCUGAUCGAGGGAUUAAUCACGGGGACUGUCGGCAUCACCUCGUACCUACUGAUCCCCCCAGGCCCUACACAAACGGCAAGCUGGUUCCGUGGCAAGCACGGUUGGUUCACAGAACGCGAGGAGACCAUUAUGGUUAACCGCCUGAUACGAGACGAUCCAGGAAAGGGAACCAUGCACAACCGACAGCCAGUCACUCUAUCACUGAUCUGGAUGAGUCUAAAGGACCAUGAUCUUUGGCCAUUGUACAUUAUCGGCAUGUGCUUCAACAUUCCUACACUGACUCCAACACAAUAUCUCAUUCCGUCGCUACGUGCGCUCGGGUUUACCACUUUCGAGUCCAACCUUUUGACUAUUCCCUACCUGGUUGUCAAGAUUUUCCUCAUGCUUGGACUGGCCACACUUGCAGAAGUGACCGGUCAGCUUGCUGCCACCGCUUCACUGCUGCAAUUUUGGUCUUUGCCUUUCCUCAUCUACCUUCGAGUUGUCGAUACUACCAAGGUAUCCAAGUGGCUGACCUGGGGCAUGACGAGCUUGCUUUUGGCUGCACCUUUGGGCCAUCCCGUUCAAGUCGGCUGGGUAUCUCGAAAUGCGAGUACUGUUCGUUCGCGAACUGUUGGUGCGGCACUCUACAAUAUGUUCUUGCACGCUGGUGUCAUCACCUCGUCGAAUGUAUACCGGGCCGAUGAUGCACCGCUCUACCGCCGUGGAAACAGUAUACUCAUUGGCAUCGCCUGUCUCAACAUUGUCUUGUACGGUCUUGCAAAGCUGUACUAUGUCCGACGCAACCGCUUGCGAGAUGGAAAGUGGCAGGCCAUGACUCCAGAGGAGAAACUAGUUUAUCUGUCCGAGUCAAAGGACUUGGGGAACAAAAAGCUCGACUUCAGAUUUGCUUCUUAG